UAUUUGCAUAUUUAUAAAUGUUGUUAAGUUUGUUAACAUUUUAAAUCCAGUAUUUUGCACUAAUAUCAUUAUUUUAUGUUUGUUAUCAUGUUAUUACAAAAGUUGCAGUUUUGCAACGUGUGUCUCAGAGUUACCUAGCAGUUGGUGAGAGUCUUAACAAAUGAAAAGGUCAAAGAAAACACACAUCCUUUACACAGAAUCCCUCUUGUUUCAUAAUGUUCAGCAUCGCCUUCCACUAUCACAACCCAGAUCCACAGCCUGCUAAAUAGCAAGAUGGAGAGAUGAAGGGGAAAACGAGGAUGGGAGGGAGUGUGUGUAUGUAUGUGUGUGUGAGAGAGCACAGCCAUGAAAACUGAUUGUUGCAGAUGAGUAGAUCUCUCUCUUUCUCUCCAGCUCUCAUGCUCAUUUUCCCCGACACAAACAGUGCUGUUCUAACAGUAGGAGGCUUUUACUUGACGCCGCCAGUAAUGGACGAAUAAAAACACAUAACAUGCUCAUCGCAUCGCUGCUGUUGACUUGAAGCAUCAGAGCCUGAGCUGGUGAAUCUCAUUGUAAUGUAAACAGAGGCAGAUAAACAGUGGCACAGCAUGUCAAAUGAAGAAAAGUGGGUCACUUUGAGUCCAAACGAAUUCUCUCGUCUUCAGGACUAUGCACAAUACACAACUAAAAAACUAAAAGAUGUUCUCCAGGAGUUUCACGGAGGUGGGAUUUUGGCCAAGUAUAAUCCUGAAGAGAAGCCGGAAAUCCUCAAUCAGGUGAUUUAUCAUUGUCAUUUUGAGGGUUUUAAGCUCUUUAUGGAGACGUUCCUGGAGAAUGAACUUGACGAGGAGUUCUGUGAGCAUCUCUUUCUCAGUUUCUGCAACAAAGACCCAAAGUCGAGCCCCUCCAUGACAGAAAAGCAGAAAAUCAUGGGUCUGAAACUGAUAAAGGGCAGCUGCCCACCCCUGAAGGUGACGUCCCAGUCCAGACCUCUCAGUACGGUCCAGCUGAAGGACAUGAUCUGCUACCUCUCUCUCUUGGAGGGCGGACGACCAGAAGACAAGCUAGAAUUCAUGUUUCGCCUGUAUGACACAGAUGGGAAUGGGUUUUUGGACAGUAAGGAACUGGAGCACAUUAUCUCUCAAAUGAUGCAUGUGGCAGAGUAUCUGGAGUGGGACAUCACAGAACUGAAGCCGAUCUUGGAGGAGAUGAUGCAGGAGAUUGACUAUGAUAAUGAUGGGAUGGUUUCUCUGGAAGAGUGGCUCCAGGGCGGCCUGACCAUCAUUCCUCUGCUCGUUCUGCUGGGACUCGAAACUAAUGUAAAGGACGACGGGCAGCACGUGUGGAGACUGAAGCACUUCAGUAAACCUGCCUACUGUAACCUGUGUCUGAAUAUGCUGAUCGGAUUGGGAAAACAAGGCCUCUGCUGCUCCUUCUGCAAGUACACGGUCCAUGAGAGAUGUGUGUCUCGAGCCCCCCCGUCCUGCAUCAAAACAUACGUCAAAUCCAAGAAAAACACAGAGAUUAUGCAUCAUUUCUGGGUGGAAGGAAACUGUCCAAGCAAAUGCGAUAAAUGUCACAAGACGAUCAAGUGUUACCAGGGACUUACAGGCCUUCAUUGUGUCUGGUGCCAGAUUACUCUACACAACAAGUGCGCUUCACACGUCAAACCUGAAUGUGACUGCGGGUCGCUGAGAGAUCACAUCCUUCCUCCAAACACAAUAUGCCCUGUUGUUCUGGAGAGACAGUCUACUUUGAGGAAAGACUCCAACCAAUCAGGAGGACGAACGAAAAUACAGAGGACCAAUUCAGUGUCAGUGGAUGGACAGGGGCUACAGAUUACACCAUUAGAAGGAACUCAUCCUCUGUUGGUUUUCGUCAACCCUAAAAGUGGAGGCAAACAAGGUGAAAGGAUCUUCCGCAAGUUCCAGUACCUCCUAAACCCUCGUCAAGUCUACAACCUGGCUAAAAGCGGCCCAAUGCCUGGUUAUAGAAGCUGUAGAACUGUGGAAUAUUAUAAGACACUCUGCUGUCCUCUAGCAUUUUCCCUCUCAUUCAAUGAAGUGCUUUUCUAUUUCUUAGACAAAGCCAACUUUGAACAGAAUCCUCCCGUGUGUGUACUUCCUCUCGGCACAGGAAAUGACCUCGCAAGGUGUCUGCACUGGGGUGGAGGCUAUGAUGGAGAAAGUCUCCUGCAGAUUCUGAAGGACGUCCAGGACAGCAGUGAGGUGAUGCUGGACCGGUGGAAGAUCAACAUCACUCCUGUAGACCGAGAUGAAGGUGGAGAUCCCGUCCCGUACAGCAUAAUCAACAAUUACUUCUCUAUCGGUGUGGAUGCAUCCAUCGCUCAUCGCUUCCACAUUAUGAGAGAGAAGCAUCCAGAAAGGUUUAACAGCAGGACAAAGAAUAAGCUUUGGUACUUCGAGUUUGGGACCUCAGAAACCUUCUCAGCAACUUGCAAGAAGCUGCAUGAUUAUCUUGAGGUGGAGUGUGAUGGUAUCACCCUGAAUCUCAGCAACAUCUCAUUGGAAGGCAUCGCCAUCCUUAAUAUUCCCAGCAUGCACGGAGGUUCCAACCUAUGGGGAGAGAGUAAGAAACGGAGGGGCCAUCGUCGAACUGGAAAAAAGUCUCCAGAAAAGAAAACCACAAUUGUUGACCCCAAACAACUCCUUUUUGCUGUGCAAGACCCAUCAGAUCAGCUGCUGGAGGUGGUGGGUCUGGAAGGAGCAAUGGAAAUGGGACAGAUCUACACGGGGCUGAAGAGCGCAGGCAGACGACUGGCUCAGUGUUCAUCUAUCACUAUCAGAACCAGUAAAUCCCUCCCUAUGCAAAUAGAUGGUGAGCCAUGGAUGCAGAGCCCAUGCACUUUGAUUGACGGCUGGAAGUCUGAGGACAGUGGCAGCCAAUGGGAAGCGGGGCUCCGGCUGUUUGGGAAGGGAGGCCCCUGGAGCAGCAGACGGCGAAGCUGA